AGAAAAGUACAAAAAUGAAACAUUAUUUAAUUCAACUCCGAUUAAUUAUUUUGUGAACGGAUCCGUAAGCUGUCCUUGAGACUAAGAAGAAAGCUUUUCCUCUAAAAUAAUCGUCUCGCAAUACGAGAUAAUAAAUUUAAAAAAAAAGAUAUUUAAAGAAAUAAAAAAUAAAAUAGUAAAGAGAAGUAAUAAAACAAGUGGGAGGGAAUAGUUCGUACAUGCUCUACUCAGUAUUGCGUAACCGGAACGUAACAACGACGAGCCAACGCAACGAGAAAGAGAGAAGAGAGACAGUCUACAUUAAUAUUAGUUGUUGUUUAAGUAUUAGUUUGUUGUUGCAAGUAGUAGUGAAUGCUCUUGUCGUUGUAUUAGAGCAGUGUUAGUGUUACUAUUACUAUUAGAAUUAAUAUUAUUAUUGGUAUUAGUGGCAGAAGUAGUAGAAGUAGUAGUCGAGGACGACGACAAGUGGACGGGGGAAAAAUAGAGAGACAGUAUGAUAAGCUUCAACAUAACAUUAGUUCGCUCGCUUUUCAUUUGUCGUUUACCAUCAUCGACUGAAAGAUCUAUUUUGUCUAUUUAUCCAACACACAACUGAACUAUGAUCCACAUUGAGGGAAAAAGUGGCGCUUGAGGUUUAAAAUCAUAACUGUGGUGUAAUUCAACGGAUAAUAAAUAAAAAAAAGUAUUUAUAAAUUUUUUUGAGUGAUAAAAAUAAAAAAAUAAAAAUAGUAAAAAUGAGGAAUGAUAAUUCAGUGAGUGAAGUGGUGGGACAGCGUCAUCACGUGGAUUCGGCUGUUUUGUUGCGGUAGGAAAUAGCCGGAAGUGGGGAGAAGUGGGGAGCAGUAGAAGAGGAAGAGGUAGAAGAGGCAGUAGAGAGCAACGGGGUGAAGAAAUAAGUGAACAAGUCAGUUAAGAAGGAGAAUAUUAAAAGAAGAAUAAGUGAGGUAUUUUUCUCUCUCGCUGGCUCUUCUCGCUCUCACGCCCGCGCUACUCCGCGAUACGAGGAAGAUCCGGAAGUCGUUGGUGCUAGUGCCGUGCGUACCGCCGGAAGAGUGGGAAGAGGAGAGCUCGUUGAGUCGGAGGAGGAGAAGGAGGAGAGCAUUGAGCGCCGCUACACCUAGCUAGCUGAGAGUGAUAGCGCGCUUCUCUCUCUCCCGCAGUUGUCGUGUUGCCAGUCGGUCUCUCACCGUCCGUCGUCGUCGUCGUCGUCAUCGCCGCCACCGCCGUCUUCGGCGCACUAUCCUAAAUAUCGUCUACUUAAGGACACUCGUUGCUUGUUAAUUAAUUAAUCAUAAAUUGUCACUUGUGAUUCUUGAUAGCGAAGUGCAUCCGCGGGCUCAAUUUAAAGUUUUUAAACUUAAUUCAUUAGAAUGUUGGUUUUAAAAUAUGUAAUAUUUUUCAGUGAGUUUAAGUUUUUAAAGUUUGAGCUGGCUCGGAACGUUUCGUAAAAGGAUUACAAAAUCGUCGAGGGACACUUGGAGAGAGAACGGGGAAAGGAAAAAAGAGUGAAGCCUACGAGGGAAAGUCUACGUUGCGGCACACUCUACACUCUGUCGCUGGCUGUGUUUAUUUGUGCGUUCUGUGUGAGUGGAUUUUUUAAAUGUCUGUAUCUACGUAUGAGUGUCUUUAAUUUUUCAAUUUUUUAGUUUUAUUUUAUUUCAUAUCGUUUUCAACUUAAGGAAUAAAGUAAAAACGAACACGGAAAAAAUAAGUUUAGGGCUCGUUGGCAGACUUUUGUUCAGUGGAUAAAGUGGGGGCUCAAAAAUUUAUUAAAGUUGGAUUGGUUACAGUAUCAAGUGGAAGUGGAAUUUGAGUGCCAGUGGAAGGAAAGAAAAUUCAAACAAGUUGUAGUCGUUGAAGAUAAAUAAGAAGAAGAAGAAGAAGAAGAGCAAGUACAAGUAUAAAAAUAAGAAUAAGAAUAAUAAAAACAAGAAUAAGAAAAAGACAAAAACGAAUUUGAAGUUGAGGCCAAAGUUAAGGUUGUCGAAGAAGUAGUAGCUGAUGAGUUAUUAAGAAAAAAAUUGUGUACGCGUGCGCGGUUGCAAUAAGCGCGUUGUUGAGGAAUUAAAAGUCCGCUUAAAAAGGUUAGCGGGAUAAAAAAAGUCGCGCGAAAGGAUAAGAGAAAGGAAUAAGAGCCUUCGAAGUCCUUGAGAGCACCCAACGGGUAAAAGUGCUGCUGCUGCUAUUGCUCUUGUUGUUGCUGUUAGCUAUUGCUGCCGAUGCUGAUGGAGCCAGCCGGCUGACCCUGGACAACUCACACACAUCACCGAGGGCCUUAUCAUCAUUAUUAUUAUUGUUAUUGCUAUUAUAAUUACUAUUGUUGUUAUCGGUAGCAGAAGUGGUGAGAAAUUCAAAGGAAUAAAAAUUUAUUUACAAAAAAAUAAAAAAAGUUGAAUUAAAAAAAAUCGAUGUCUUUUGGUCAUAUGCAGUCGUUGACACAUUGGAUUGCGGACGCAAACACUGUGAGGAAUUCAAAGACCAGAGACAACUUGAGUGAGAUUGAUCACAACAAGGGAUUUUAAGUGAAAAAAUCGAUAAAUAUGGAUACAUCGUGUGUUGAUUUUUUUCUGAGAAAAAAUAAAAUUAUAAAUUAAAGUGAAUAGAGUGUGAGGUGAUGAUUUAUAAUUUUGCUGUUUUUAUUUUAUUAUUUAAUUUAAGUUUAAUAACAUAAAGUGGUAAGUGAUCUCGAAAAUAGUGAUAGCAUAAUUUCGGAGGGCACAAAUUUAGUUGAAUAAUAAAUAAUAUAAAUAUACUUCAAUGUACGUCACGUGCUGCUGUUGGCAAUGCACGAUCUCGGAUCACAAAGUCUCGUGGUCAAUUGAGAAGGAUUUUAAUAAUUAUUAUCGACGUAAUUAUUGUUAUUAUUAUAAUUAUUACUGUGAUUGUGAUUGUUACUGUCGUUUUACUGUAUUGAAGAUGAUGAGAAACACUUCGAGAGAGUCUUAACGAUUUUGGAGUAUUAGAGAUUUUUUUUCGUUGUCCGUUGGAUUUUAACGUUUAAUUAACGCAGUACAAUUGACGGAGGAUUUAUUGAGACGAUGUAUACGGACGGUCUGCUGACUCUCCAUUAUGGGAAACAUCCCGCAACCUUGGCUGCAGAGGUCGGGGCAUGGUACAGUGGGGAUCGUCAUGUUGACGUGACCCUGGCUUGUGACGACGGCUCCGUCGUCAGGGCUCAUCGGGUCGUAUUGGCCGCAGCUAGUCCUUUCUUGGCUAGUCUUCUUCGUAACCCGGCAUUGGAUCACGUAGUCCAUUUGUCUGGUGUCAGGAGAAUACAGCUUAUUCAUCUACUUGAGUUUCUUUACAAUGGAGAAGCUCUUAUACCCUCAUCAGAAUUAACACCACUGAGAGAAUUAUUUGAACUCUUACAAAUAAAAUCGGAAUCAUUUGAUCCAAAUCAACCACAAACAUCAACAGAUUCAGAUUCAUUAAGGAUACCAACACCACAACCUUCGGAAAGUCAAGAGAGUUCUAGUUAUGAAUCUCAGUACGACAGCAGGUCGCAAUCAAAUAAUCCAGCAGACUGCUGUUCAGUGCUAAUUAAAAGUGAAGGCUGUGAUGAUGAUCCAGAGCAGGAUGUUGAUGUUGAGGGCGUUGAAGGUGAUACGAUACUAACGGAUAAUGGCGAGAGCAGUAUUGAGCCACCGAGAAGAAGGGAUAGCUCGGAUCCAGUUAACCUUAGUCUUAAUUCUGGUACCUCGACUAAAAGUGAUGGAUCACAUGAAAUUUCCCACUUGCGGUCAGAGAAGACGCUGCUGGAGAGGCGAGAGUCACUAGAGGAAGCGGAAGAAAGACGGAGACAGUUAGCGGCGCGACUGUCUCUCGGAUUAGAGCCGGGAAAAAGAAAACCCGAGGAGAUACCUUUGCCUCCUGCGGAGGCAUAUGUCGUUACGCCACAUCGAAAACGUAGACCGGGAUUCCACAAUGCACCUGCACAAAAUCCGGCAUUCGUGCCAUUUAAUCCGGGAUUUGAGACACCGAGGAGGCUAGCUGCGCCACAUCCACUCAGUGUAUCUGCUCCACCCUACCUGGAUAGGUCAGUAACACCACCAGGAGCAUCACACAGACCGCCAAGUGCCGACCCAGCGUCAGCAGGCAGUCUAGAACCACCGUGGGGUGCAUGGACACUACCCCCAGCGCGAGCACCACCGCCUCCCUCGGCCGAAGACCCGCCAAAAUGUACGCCCGUACGCGAGUACCGCUGUACCUACUGCGGGAAGCAGUUUGGUAUGUCGUGGAACUUGAAAACUCACUUGCGAGUACACACUGGCGAAAAACCAUUCGCCUGUCGCCUCUGUGUCGCCAUGUUUAAGCAAAAAGCUCAUCUACUGAAGCACCUUUGCUCUGUACACAGAGGCGUUAUUGCAGCCCCGGACAAUACAUUCACAUGUUGUUUCUGUUCCCUCAGCUUUGACAGCCUCCAAGAACUCAUACGACAUCUCUCUGGACCACACAAUAAUCUUCUUUUAAGUAAAAACCUUCACGACUAACGACAUCACUAAAGAUCUAUCGGAAUAUAAAAAAAUCCGCUAUAAAAUUAACUCUGAUUCUUAAAAAAUAAGAACCUAUGACAUAUUUUUUUAUUUAUUUUUUUCAUAAAAUCAAUCAAUUAAAUAAAUAAAAUAAAAAAAAAAAAAACGAUACCGGUACGAUCUUUAAAAUACAAAUAAACAUUGACAAUAAAUUAAAACUCAAAUAUUAAUUACGGAGAUUAUUUAUGCGAGCGAUGGAUUUAUUACCUCAGAUAAAAAUAUAAAAUUCAUUGUAUUAAUGAAUUAUAAAAAUAAUUAAAUUUUAUCUGAGUAAGUAAUAAAUCAUCAGCACGAAUUUAAUAAAAGUAAUGAUAAUAAUAAUUUAAUAAAUUAAAAAAAAAAAGUAUUGAGUAGUCAAAUAGAAGGAAAAUAAUAAAAUAAAAUUGUCGUAAGAUUUAAUUAUAAAUCUCACCGGACAAAUCACUUGUUUGAGCAAUUAAUUUAUGAGAUAAUUAUUAAUAUAAUGAAUAUAAAAUAAACAGUAAUAAAAUUUGAACAUUUAAAUUGUAAAUGUUUGAAUGAAUAUUUAAGAUUCUCUUGUAAAUAAUGUUACAUAAUUUUAGAUAAAACAAAAAAUAAAUGGACAUUAUUAAUUAUUUAUUUAUAAUAAUUAUACAAAGGGACCAACCGACUUUCCACCGAUUUUUUCGUCUUAAGUAGUUAGUAAUUAUUCCUGCCUAUCGUCUCAUUAAAUUACAGUACAGUAGUGAGCUUUUAACUCGCGUGAAAAUGAGUAAUAAUUAUUUUCAUUAUUAUUAUUUUAAUUAAUUAAUUUUCUUCAUUAAAGUAAUGAUAAUAUUUUUCGUAAAUGAUAACCACCGAAUUCACAACCUCACGUUUAAAAAAAGCUGUUGCUUUAAUUAUUACUUUUUUCAUUUUAUUUCUAUUAAUAAUUGUAAUAAACUUUAAUUAGAUUAUUAAAAUGUUGUAAAACUUUGUGACCUGCAUGCGACGUAUGUGCCUUGUUGGGUCCAAAUUAGGUCGAUUGGGCAGUGAUUUCAUGUGUUCAUAGGCUUAAGUGUGUACGAAAGAAUGCCCGCUUUAAUUACGUCGAUUAAAUAGGCAGGUUAAUUAAUUAAUUGAUUAAUUAAUUUUUUAGUUAUUAAGUAGAUUUAGAUUUUAAUAGGCAUAUAUAAAUAUAUACAUAUGUAGACAUUUAUUUAUGUAUAUAUAUAUGGAUAAACAUAGCGGUAAGCCGAAUUAAUUACAUAAUUGUAACGGUGACAUAACUUUGACGCAGGCCGUCAGGAUUUUUUUUUUUUAUUAUUAAACCUUCAGGUGCCUUUAAUUAAUUGGCCUUUUUUUAUUUUAUUCUAUUUGAUAUCCGUUAAUUUCUUUUCUUUUUUUUUUUGUACCCAAAUUUAUCAUUAAUCAUAAAUCGAUAUUUAAAAAAUAAAAAUGACAUUUUUUUUGUGAAAAAUAAAAUUCAUUUUUUGAAUUUUAUUUUAUGAAAUUUAAUGUACAAAAAAUGUGAAUAAAUAUUGAUUGAGAGUGGGAUAAAUUUUGUAAAUUAUAAGAGGCAAUAAGUACAAGAAUUUAAAAAAAAAAAAAACUAAUCGUGCCGCGAAACACCCCAGCAGAAUGCAUAAUUAAUAGCGCACAUAAUAAAUAAAUAUACAUAAUAAAUAAAUAAACAAUAAAUAAUAAUAAUUAAUAAUAAUAAUUAUAAUAAUUUUAUCUUCCGAAGCAGUACACCAAAGAUAUGUUCGUAGGACCGUUUCGAGUGGAUAAGUAAGUUAUUUUUGAGUUUGUUGUAAUUAUAAAAUAAAAAAAAAAAUGUAAUGUGGAAAUUAAAGUAAAAUUGAUACAAAAAGAAACGAUUAAAAAAAAAAAAAGCGACGAGACCUGAGUUAAAUCUUGUGGAUUUUUCUAUACGACGCCUACGACAGAUCGUUGUACACUCAUAUUUAAUAUAAAUGAUAAGAAAAAUAAAAAAAUUUAUCAGAAAACAAAAAUUUUUUUUCAAUCUUUAUAAUACCUUUUUUUGUUAUGCAUUCUCGUUUGAUUAAAUGAUUCUGAAAACUCGAUUAUUGAAAUUAAUAAGUGACGUAGUGUAUGAUAACAGAGCAGGUUAAAUAUUUGCACAAUAAAUGUAAUGUGAUACUAAAUAAUAAAUAAAUAAAUUAUUAUUGUUUAGAAGUACGCGAGAUUUAUAAUUGUCUUAUUCGCAGGCACGUUAACAUCCAGUUAGAUGUUCGGAAUUAUUUUUUUUCUUUUGUUAAUGUUUUUUUUUCUUCGAAUCUAGGAUUCUUUUGAACCUAAACAAUAAUAGAUUGUACCUACUAUGUAAAGAUAUUUAUAGUGUCGAUUAACGACAUCAAUUAUAUAUGUAUAUAUAUAUUUAUAUGUAUGUAUAUAUAUAUAAUUCAAGUUAUUUCACCCAGAUAUUCGAGUAUUUUUUUAUUAAUUACAAUUAAAUUAAUUUUAGUAUCUCAUUGGCGAAAUUAUUAUUUUUUAUUUAAAAUAAAUUUAAAUUUUGAUUGUAGAAAAUUUUAAAAAAAUUUUAAUAGUUAAGAAAAUCUGGGUAAAAUUAAUGU